AAUGGGUCUCGCUGGUAUUUAUGUAUGUUUUAGGGUAGUUUGAAAAGCCCUUAUUAUUAUGCGACAGAUUUCUCUUCAGUUCCCGCCAGAAAAACCUACUCAGAAAAAUCCCCAAAAAUAACAAACCCGUGUUCUCUGAUUACUACUAGUCACACACAGUUUGAAUGCAUGAGCAAAGCAUACUUGCACCGUAUUGGAUCCCUGGUUAAAAGCAUACCCCGAUUUUCAAUUCAAAGAUUCAAUUAUUUCUCCUCACAAUUAGCUGUAAACCCUAAGUUACCUAAUUUUUUUACCGAUGAAGACGAAUCAGAAGAUGGUAAAGGCGGAAAAGGAAGCGCCGUUUACCGUCAAAUUCUGCGCCGUCAGCGUCCUACCACUAUGAGAUGUAAACCAGAGCUUUAUAAUAAUGUCAGCUUUAUUGGGCGCGUCGAUCGGCCACUAUUGAUUUACAAUACAAAAGAUGAUCGCUUUGGGGGUUUUACUUACUUCAAAGUGGAGAACCCUAGCAACCCUAAUCGCAUGAUUAGGAUGCUUAUGGAGAUGUGGGAUGAUAUGGCAAAAAUUGGGGUGCAACAUUUGAAACAAAACGAUUAUAUAUAUGUUUCAGGUCGUUUAGGGUGUUUUGAGAAGGGUAACGAGAACGGACAACUCACAUUGAUUUACAAGGUUAUUGUGGAAGAAUUCUGUUAUGUUGCAGAACUUAAACAACGCCCAAUAUUUAAAAAAGCAGAGGAAUUACCAUCAGAGGCCAGCAAAUACAUAGAUGAAUCGAAAUCUGGAGAUGAAUCAGGCAUGGAAUUGGGAAGGUACGAAAGCCACCUUCUCUUGUGGCAACUAUUCUUCUGCAAGCCAAGUGAGUGGUGGGAUAGGAGGAAAAGAAAACAAAAUUCUGACUCGCCAGAUUUUAUGCACAAGUACAAUGGUGAAAAACUAUGGUUGAGACCAGAUGAUCCGCCAUGGGUCAGAAGACAACUGCAAUCACUGGACAUAGAAAUAGCCAAACAAAGGCAAGCUAAUGGUGCAAGUGAAACUGACACAAAAUUGUACAAGAACCGCUAUCACUUAUGGCAAGUCCUUUUCAGCAACCCACAUGAAUGGUGGGAUGCUAGGAAGAAUAAGAAACACUCGCGGUUACCAGAUUUUAAACACAAAGAUACUGGAGAAGCUCUUUGGAUACAUCCGGAUGAUCCAGCAUGGGUCAAAAGACAGCUUCAAAUUCUUGAUUCUGCAAUGGCCGAACAAUACAUAGGAAAAUAUGUAGAUUCUGAGUCUCAGCUAUCCAAAUGGGUAUUUGAUGGUUAGGAACUAUUAUGGAGUUAUACAACUAUACUCGCUGCUGCGUGUUUGUUUAAUACAAUAUUCCCAUAUUUCACUUACAGUUUCCUGACUGUGAAGGGUAGACCCACAAAUAUCUGUGCAUUGAUGUACAUAGAACACCGAUAAUGAGCAAGAAUUCAAUUGGGCCAUGUAUGAUGGAAUAAGAAUACAAAGCUGUGCUUCUAUGAGGGUAAGUUGUUCCCUCCACUCGUUCUUCAUGAACCCACAUGCUUGUACAGCAAAACAUUAUAGAAAUCAAGGUCGUGUGAGAAUUCCAGAUA